CUACAUCCACAAAUAGUAGCGGACUCCAAUAUUGUUCAUAAGUUCCGACUGAGCCAGUCGCUUUAACAUCGGCGUAUUUAUUUACUGUAAGCCCUCAUCGCUUACUUCAACACCGACUCCCUAGGCAUUGCCCAGAUAACCGUAGAAACUGGAAUCCAGUAAUGUUGGGAGGGGGUGUGCGAAAAAGAGCUCCGGCUUUUGCAAAACUGAAAGGAACAACCUCAGAUGCAGUGAACAGAAUGCAAUUUGCAUUUCCCAACUAUCUGAAGUAGCGGAGGGGUGCUGCGGAUUCCAGUAGCAGUUCCAAUUGGUUGUCGGAGUGUUUCGAACGCCUCUCGCCUGCCCACACUCCUGUCCAUCCGAGGCUGGCAAUGCUGCUGUUCGUGUUAUUCCUGAGUCGGUGGGGGAGGAGUCAGGGAGACACUCGCUUCCUCCAACUUGCCUCAUGUUGCCGAGAGGCCAGAGCAAGGUUGGUGUUGACCGAGUCCAGAGCUUACACUGCACCGUUUAAAUGGGGGCUAACGUUCAACUGGAUGAUUUUAUCGCUGGCUGGAUCGGAGGUGCGGCUAGUGUGAUCGUAGGCCACCCCCUGGACACGGUGAAGACUCGCUUGCAAGCCGGUCAGGGUUACAACAACACAGUGCAAUGUGUGCGAACAAUCUUUAGAAACGAACACGUGGCUGGCUUUUUCAAAGGGCUGUCCUUUCCGUUAGCGAGCAUCGCCGUCUACAACUCGGUGGCGCUCGGUGUGUACGGGAAUGCUCAGAGGUUCAUCUGUCGCUAUCGGUACGGGGAUGACCUCCGCCAAAGUCCCGCUCUCUCGGACGUGGCGGCUGCGAGCGCCGUGGUGGCUCUUGUCACGGUGGGCAUUGGUGCCCCGGUGGAUUUGGUCAAGAUCAGACUCCAAAUGCAGACUCAGCCUGUGAGGCCAGCUAAACUAAACUUGGUUGGUGCGAGUGCCAUGCACUCCCUUGCACUGAAUGAUCAGCCUCUAUACAGGGGGCCUGUGCACUGCAUUAGCAGAAUACUGCGGACUGAAGGCAUUGUUGGACUCUAUCGAGGUGUUGGAGCCAUGUACCUCAGAGAUGUUCCAGGAUAUUGUUUAUACUUUGUUCCUUACAUGUUACUGUGUGACUGGAUGACACCCGAGGGGAGCAAAGCACCCAAUCUAUUUUGUGUGUGGUUGGCUGGCGGAGUGGCAGAUGAUUCCUCCAUAUCCAGUUCCUCAGACUCGCACCCAAACACAUCACUGCCUCAGAGGAGGAAAGGGAGGAUGAUGAUGCGGUGCCUGGUGAGGGGAACAAUUUCAUGGGGUACUGCGACUCCCAUGGAUGUUGUCAAGAGUCGCCUUCAAGCGGAUGGAGUCAGUGAGACAAAAUAUAAGGGGAUAGUGCACUGUAUUCAACAGAGCUAUCGAAAGGAAGGACUGAAUGUAUUUUUUAAAGGAGCAACUGUGAAUGCUAUCCGUGGAUUUCCUAUGAGUGCAGCCAUGUUUUUCGGAUAUGAGCUCGCACUGAAAGCAUUGCGAGGUCAAUGAACAGAAAAAUAACAUUUGACUUCUGAUGAUUAUCAAACUUGGCCAGUUACGUAGAUCAAUGCUCAGAUCAAUAAUAGAUCAGAUUUACAAAAAAAAACUCAUCUUCCUUUUGAUUCUUGAUUUCAACCUGCCAAAACUCAUUGUCAGAAACAACAUCAGGCACUACAGAGACAACUUGGAAUGAUGGUGUGUUUCAAAUGUGAUGUGCUGUCUUCCCUGGGGAAAGGAGAAUUGCUGGAUUAAAGAACAUCAGCAAACAUUGAGGAGCAAACCUCAGGAAGGACCAUUAGACUUGAAACAUGGACUGACUAACUGUCAGACAAAGGUUGCCAGAUCUGCUGAGUAUUUCUGCCUUUCACUGCUUCUGUUUUCAAAUUUUGAGCAGGGGAGGAGGGUAGGGAGUUCAUUUGCAGAAAUACUGGGACUUGAUUAUCAUCUUGGUUAUCAGAGUGGUGUUGCCAAUUGGAGCUGCAGGUGUUUUUGGAGAUUUUAUUGCAAGUUUCCAGUCGAUUGUCCCUCCUCCAUCCAACUGCCAUUUUAUAAUUAAUUUUAAAAUUAUUAAAAAUGAAAAAAGAAUUUUAACAGUUUUGUUUUUCUCGCUGUGGCUGCUAGGAGUAAUAAUUUAUUAAUUGUAUUCAUAUUCCACCAGCUGCCAUUGUAGGGUUUUAACCUAUAUCCCUGUAGCAUAAACAUGAGUGUAGCUGGUGAUUUAUUUUACAUUCCUGGAGGCACCAGGAUGAUCCUGGAUAUUUGGCUACCCUAUAACCAAGUGUUUUUGAUGGAUUCAAUAUACUGAGUUGUUAUGAUCGCAUUACUGCACUCAGUUUGAUUGGUAUCAGUAAAUCACUGUAAGAGAAAAACCCAUUUGCAGCUCAGGUUGAGGUUCUGGAUGGGAGUUUGCUCGCUGAGCUGGAAGGUCAGUUUUCAGAUGUUUCGUCACCAUUCUAGGUAACAUCAUCAGUGAGCCUCCGACGAAGUAUUAGGGCUAGGCACAAACAUCCAACAAAAAAAAAAUGAUGCUAGUGGCGAGAAGAGUUAAUAUAGACUUUAUAUGACAAUGUACAACUGUGUGACAGGUGGACAGAAAGAGCAGAGGAUUGGGGAAGGGUAAAUCCAAAAAUGGCAGGGCAGAAGCUGGCUAAUUGAAUUUAUUUUAGACCUGAGAAUGUGAGUAAUAUGUUUUAUAUGAAGCAGGAGGUAUCUAGUCUGCAUAACUGAAAAUGUAUGCUGUGAAUCAGAUAUAGAUGUGUUUGCAUGUGAAAGGGCUAGUAUAUAAAGUGUGCAUGAAGGACAGUGGCUGAAUACAGGAUGUACGAGAGAGGAUGAAGCAAUAAAAUUAUAGAAGCAAUAAACAGAAUGAAGUGAUACAGACACACAGGGCACCUGGAGGUUUUUCUCCUGCAAAUUUCUCUUUGACGUCCAGAGUAUUUUCCACUACCGUAAUGAUCUUAGUUUUGCCAUUUCAUCAGUUUAUGUAAGAAGGCAAGGAGGGGAAAUAAUAGAUGGGUGAGAAUUUGAAAGAUUGAUGAAUGCACAGGCUAGAAAGGCUAAAGAUAUUUUCAGUUUCAGCUAUCAAAAGGAGGUUGCAUUUAUAUUUUGUCUUUAAAUUAAAAAAAAGAAAUUACACCAUAUAUAGAGAGAUGCGUUGGUUGUAGUGUGACUUUCCUUCUGCAAGAUGUCGUAUUGCCACCCUGCUUUAUCCAUGACAAUCUACUGUCACUUAGGAGUGCCAGUCUUUCAGUGUGUAUUAUGUGUUCUGAUUCACUGGCAGAUAAGAGUUCAAAGACUUGAUCUAGGGGCUAACACACUGUGCUAAGAUGCUAAACAAGGUGAACUGUGCUUUCAAUGACUGAUUCUCUGGGCACAAUUCUAUUCUAUAGCAAAACAAGAGUCUGUUUCCCAUAAAGUGUGCUGGUGAAUUAUCACAAUUGAAAACUGCUAAAAAUACACACAGGUGCAGAAAUUAAACUAAAGAAGUCAGAAAGGCAUUUUUUUGUCACCUGAUGUGUUGAUGCUCAAGAAAGGUAAUUCUGUCCUUUCUCCUCUGUGGGUUAGUGUUUCAAAUGAUAUUCAAAUCAUGUGAUCAUGUUGACUUGUGUGUUACAUCACAGCUGAUUAUGUGAUAAAGCAGGAUAAUGUUAUUUAUAACCUUCAUGGUGAUAUAUGUGUAAUUAUAGAGUAUAAGUCAAAUAAAUCUUCAAGUCUCAAGUAGAGUUGUUUUUACUCUGUGUAAAAACAAAAUUGAUAAGAGUUUUGUAAAUCUCUAAUGUUUAUUUGUAUGUGUUCUUGGCAAGAGUUUCCUUAUUACUAAUUUACUGUUAGAUACGUCUUCCAUUAUCUUUUAUCAAGUGAUAAAGCAUAUCUAUCUCAAAACAUAUUACCUUAUUUCCUUGUAAGUUAGAUACCAUGUAUCUGUCUUCUAUACACUGAUGUAAAAACUGUUUAUGACAGGAGGCCUUUUCUAUGUAGAAAGUAAUUGCUUUGCUGUUUGUAUUUUAUACUACUUGAUGCUGCUGCCCAUAGUUAAUGAAUAAAAUUGCAUUAUAGCACAACCUUAAGGAAUAAACAUUUAAUCCAUUGUUCUGUUGUGUCCCUGUUCCUAUCUGGGUUGUGGCAUUAGUCAGAAGUAAUCAUAUCUCUGGAAAGACAGUUACACCCACAAUUAUGUUAUAUCUCUUCUAAUUUGUUGGAAAUGUCCUCGAAACAAGUUGGUUUGUUGCUGUCUUGACUAAUGCUUAUACCUGUCAGAAACAGGAACAUCAGGAAGUAAGGGAUGACACUUAAAGAUCUAUGCAACAUGUACUGAACUUAGAGAUUUUUUCAAUGAUUAAUUUAGCCAGAACUACACUGAUCCUCAUGAUAUAUGGUUGUCAUUUAUCAUGAAACUAAUUUAAAAAUGUUAAAUACUCCAAAAUGUUGUGCAGUGCAUUAACAGUACAGUGUUAUUGAAUAGGCCAGUUACAGUAUCAAAGAAGAGAAAACAAAAUACUUCCAAAUUUCCUAUUUUUUUUCAAGGAAGAGGUCUGCUUAUCUGGCUGUUGUUGUAUCCUUAGUGAGUUUUAGCACACUCAAUUUGCUUUGUUUUAUAGCCAUGGAGGAGUGAAGAUAUAGCUUGAGUAAUAACACACACUGUAGGUAGUUGCUAAGGGGCAUGGGAGUUUACAGCUCUGCUUUUCUGUGGGGUGACUUCUUUAUAAUGGAAACUUCUAAAGAAAGGAUGGAAAUUCAAAAUGUGAGAUGUUUGUGUUUACCAGCAUAUGUUGGUAACAGAAGAUUAAUUAUUAAUGCAGGUUAGUAAGAUAUUUAGAAUAAAAAUAUAAUGUUAAACAGGCUUUGAAGUUAAAGCCAGUGAAAUAAUAUAAAACAGAAUAAAUAAUCAGUGUAUUUAGAAGGUAUCGUUGCA